ACAUAUUUCAACGAUUCGGCGUUGACGUUGAUCCGAACCCUGGUGACGGGCGGUGCCACACCGGAGUUGGAGCUGAUCCUCGCCGAAGGAGCUGGUCUUCGAGGCGGUUACAGUACACCGGAAACACUGUCGAACCGUGAUCGAUGUCGAAUUGCUCAGAUCGCUCUACACGACAACCCUUACGAGGGAAUUGGGCACAACUCCACUUACGGCCAGAUGUUCACAACGUCGUUGAAAAAGUACGGACAGCUGUGUAUCGGAUUGUAUCGGUUACACGAUCAGGAUAACGCCGAGUCAGUGAAGCGAUACGUGAUCACGAAUCCUCCAGCUGAACUCCGGAUCAGGAGCUCCGAUUAUGUGUACGUGUUAGAGCAGUUCGAUCCAGGCCUUGAAUAUGAGCCAGGAAAACGGCAGUUUUGA